UUCUUCUUUUUUUUUGCAUGUUGCUUUGUCGGCUUUAGAAACGGGGAAGAAAAAAAAGACCUCAGUUCGUAAUUGCACUGCGAGAACCUCUGUUCCGCAGAUGUAGCGUUCAAUGGUACACUUUUCCUUAUGAGAAACUGAAGCCAAUAUUUUAAGUUUGGUGGAACAUUUUACGCUUUUGUUAAACGGACUUUCGGCUGCUCCGCGUUACACUAGAGGCAUUUUAAACUGUAGGCGUCCACUCUUGAACACCUCCAAUAUUUGUGAUUAGGAUUCUCGUCACCAGCUGGACGCAGUCACAGGGUUAUAUCUUUUGAGUGCACACGCAAAGGAGAAUCUGAUGCCAAGCUGUAAUACAAGUAGUUUUUUUUUUUUUUUGCGUGUGUUAAUUAUUUAGCUCAUACAUGCCACGAACCUUUCCAAAUGGACCCACUUUGCCCAAAGGCCAGAACUUUGUGUGGCAGUGUCUUGUAACUUUGGCAGCAUGAAAACAUCUGUGCUCGGAUAAGAACAUUUCUGGUGCCAGAGCCGGUUUUGGUGAAGUUGCGUUCACGCACCGGGAAGCAUGCGCUCUGUUGCGAAGAUUUUCUAGGCCUGCCUUCUUUUGUAGUUUUGGAUAAAAGAAAAAGAAUGCAUGGCUUUUCGUGAGAAACAUUGCUUCAUAUAAAUACUUUCUUUGUGCUGAUAAACCAUUUUUUCUUCUCUCUGUUGGGGAAACAUGAUGUGGAGCCAACUGUGGUGACUGUCUUGCUUGUUUCCAUGCGUCUUUCCUCUCCUCCAGACUGCUGGACGUUCUUGUGGACUGUGUUGCUAUUUAAUGCAAUGGGCUGCAUCCAGAGUAUCAGAUGUAAGCCCAAGAGUUUCCGAGACAGCAUCGUCAUCCUGGAGCUGAACGCUACCAUCGACUCCAACCCCACCAGCAUCGACGAGACAUCCGGCGUGGUCUUGCGCUACCGGACGCCGCACUUUCGAGCGAACGCCCGAAUACUGGUGCCACCAGUAGCUGCUAAGGAGACGUGGACCAUCGGCUGGAUCCAAGCCUGCAACCACAUGGAGUUCUUUAACACGUAUGGGGACAAAGGAAUGUCAAGUUGGGAACUCCCUGAUCUGCGUGACGGCAAGAUCCAGGCCAUCAGCGACUCAGACGGCGUCAACUACCCGUGGUACGGAAACACUACUGAAACCUGCACCGUCAUAGGCCCCACCAAGAAGGACAGCAAAUUCGUAGUCAGUAUGAAUGACAAUUUUUACCCCAGCGUGACCUGGGGAGUGCCCGUCAGCGACAGCAAUGUGCCUCAGCUCAGCAGCAUCUUCCGCGACCAGAGCUUCACGACUUGGCUCGUGGCCAUCAAUCAGGCCACCUCAGAGACGCUAGUCCUGCAGACGAUCCGCUGGAGGAUGCGGCUUGACAUAAAAGUGGACCCGGAGAAGCCGCUGGGUCAAAGGGCCGUUCUGAAAGAGCCCGUGGCCCAGGAACAGCCACAGAUUCUGGGAAAGAAUGAGCCCAUCCCCCCCAACGCCAUGGUCAAGCCCAAUGCCAACGACGCCCAGGUGCUGAUGUGGCGGCCAAAGACUGGUGACCCUGUGGUGGUCAUCCCACCUAAAUACUGACCUGUUUCCCCUCUGACUUUCACUGACUGGCCUUGGAUACCUUAACAGUAUCAUCUUCUUUGGUUUCUUUCUUUUACUCCUGCUCCUCACCAGCUCUCACUGCUUUAACUCUUCUUUUUUUCUGUCUCUAUAUUCUCUCAUGUUUGAAAAUGAAACCAGCUCUCAGAAAACAAAACAAAAGACCAGCUGUUGCUUUGAGGUACGGGCUUGAACACUUUCUAAAGGCACUUUUGAAACCGGAGAAAAUGCAACUAUUCUACCUUCAGACUUGGUCGGGUCUCACUGUGCUAAACUGCAAAAACGAAAGAGAGCAUUUUGUUUUUUUGUUUUUUUACAGUACUGUAUAAUUGUUUGAGCCAACCGACGUAGGGUUUGGGAGUCCAGGGCGGAUUCAAGUAUUUCUAUGACCAUGCGUGUGCAGGUGGAUAUGCACAAAGGUCAUGAACAAGCAUCAGUUGUGUUUUGUUUUGUUUUUUUAAUUUAUGGACUGGAAGAGAAGCGUAUUUAAUUGUAUUUGAUGUUAUUGCUGUGUUCUCUACAUGACAAAUUGCAUUGGGUGACAUACUAGAUUUUAGUACUUUUUAAAGAAAAAAAAACAUGCAAGACAUUCAAUCCAUGCUGCCUUACAUUACAUUGCUUUCCACUGCAAACUUCUUAGCCUUAAACAAAGUGCAAUGCAGUAUGUGGUAAACUCAUGCCCGCUCCUUCCAGACUGUUGGCGCUGGCACGUGUGGGUUUAGGACAGGAACCACAGCACUGAGGAAAAACUCGGGUCUCAGAUCUUGGCUUGUGGGUUUCAUUUACCUGCUGAAUCUAUUGUCUUAACAAACGCAACUGGCAUUAUGCACAGACACAGUUACACGACUGAGCUAACUAGCUGAGCUGUGUUUCAAGUGCUUUAUGCAAGAGAGGAGAUGCUCUGUGGAGAUGGACAUACAGAGAGGCGAAUCUCAUCAGCAGCCCUCAGCACACACACAUAAACACAAAAACAUGCAAUAACAACUUGAGCAUAAAAAACUCCACAGCUGACCUCAUUUCACUUAUUUUACUCAAACCUUUACUAUUUUAGCAAAGUAGCAGAAAACAAGUUCUCUUUUCUCGAUAUUACGCCAUCUCAGGGCCCCUUGUUACUUCCUUCCCUUCUCAAAUCUUUUUUUUCCACCCAUCCUGUCUCGCCUCCUCCUUGUCACAUUGCUCACAUUGAGCAAUCAAUAUCUGUUAUAAAUAAGAAGGGAAAUAAUUUUUAAUAAGUGGUCGAUGAAAAUAGCAGUCUGUCUUUUAUUUUUUUCUCCUGCAAUCUUUUUGUCAUCUCACGGGUAUCGCGUUUUUAUUGCUGCUGCCAUUAAUUUGCCUUCCAUCUAAUUUAAUCCAAUCAUUUGUCUUCUAUGUUAACAGACUUUUCUGUUUGUUUUUUUCCCCCCGUCCCUCACCCUCAAUCACUUCUAAUCUUUAUCUACACCAGUGCUCCUCCUCCCACUCGCUCACUUGUUCACUUCCUCUCUGCCUCUUUUAUUUAUUUUUUUUUCAUCUGCUGUCGAGGCUGCAAAAGCAGAGCAGGAGGCAUGCGAGUUUGAUGCUCAGUUGGCAUAUAGAUGACCCACUUCUCCUUAGCUCUCGCUGCAGAAAUGUGGGGCCCGUCUUUUUUUAUUUCACCGCUGGCGCACGAACCCCCCCACACACACAUAUAAGGAAGUGGCUCUGGUCAGCUAAAGAUCGACGGUCGAUGAAACGAUGUGUAUUUAAGUACUAAUCUUUGAGAAGGGCUUUGGUGGUGAACUGAAACUGCUUGCAAAAGCGUGAAGAAACAGGCUAAAUUUGGCAAUAAGGGAGGAGGGGGACGGGAGUCAUUUACUUAUCAAUGGUAUCCCAAAAAACUAUGGGUUGUGUAGACAGUUUUUCACUUCCAGUUGUUCGAAGCAUCUUGCAAUUUCUUUCCGCCCCCUCCCCAGUCUCUGUGUGUUCAGCGCCAACUAAAGAAAUCAUCUGCAUUCAAGUCUGAUCUGCUCGUGCAUUUCACAAAGGUCACUAGGCUGCUGCUGCUGUUUCAGAGUCCAAGCAUCAUACGCUGUAUACCACCAGACUUGGUCCGGUCCUUCAGUGGCCCCACAUCAGCCACUUUCACGUGAGAAAGCAGGCAAACACAAAUAUAAAUUAUCACGAUCUGUUCCACAUAGGAGCGGAGUUUAAUUAAUGUGACGGGUAACAUCUGCGUUUACCUCGAGCAAAGAGCAGGCGGCUGGGUGGAGGGGUGGGGAGCGGGGGCGGUGGAUGCUGAAUGUGAAGGUGACAACAAAUCGGAUCCAACUUAGAUCUUUGCAGCAGCUUAAAAUAACGCUGGCAUUUUCAGAGAACUUGGAUGUCAAGUUGCUUCAGCUUGUGGCUUGUAGUGAAGGUGAUGCCGCUCAUGCUGCGAACCCACCGACCUCUCUCGGGCAAUAAGCGGCCCGUCUGCUCCGCGGAAAGCCGUGGAUCGUACUCAAGUUGGACCACGUGUAAUGUAAUUAAGUGCUGACACGCAGUCACUGACUUUCAGUGUGUGUGUGUGCGCUUUAAUUCCCGCUGGGAGGAUUUAGGCAAGAUGAGGAGUUUCACUCAUGUGCUUAUGCUGUUGUUGAGUCAUGACCCUCCCUCUGUCUUUCUCUCUCUAUUCACCCAUCUCACUCACACACAUAUAAGCAGAGGGCAGGGAAGGUUGUGUCCUUGUCAUAAAAUGAGCUUGCCCUCACAAACACACAAAAUCACCCCGAGGCGAAGGGACCAGCCUGGCUUGGUAUCUGUUUGUCACAGCAGUGUCACAUUGGCAGUGAGAACUCAUUUAUCAGCCCAGCACGUGGACCGUCCGAACACAUGCACAAGCCAUAUUCAGCAGCACGCCUGUUUACUAGAAAACAGGAAAUGCUUCGCAGCAUGUAAACAUUGUAUUGUAAUUGUAUUGUAUUAAGAUCAGAGAGAAUUAAAGUACCGGGCUCACCGAGUGGGUGCCUGCCAGCUAUCAACAGCAUUUAUGUAAUACUGAAGGCAAAGGGCACCAAUUGUCUUCUCUGUGUGUCUCAAUCUUUUGAGCUUUGUGUAGAUGAAAAUGUGUGUUUUGUGUUUGUGCGGAAACUUCGAAAAUGCUGUAUGUGCUUCCUUGACUAAGCCACAGAAAAACAAAACCACAAUGUUGUACUUUUGCUGUACAAAUGGUGAAAAAACAAAGGUGCCAAAAUUGGACAAAGCCAAAACUAUGCAUUGUUUUUAGAGACGUGAACUCAAAAAGCUCUUGGCACUUAGUGACAGACCUGUUUCUUUGGUUGUUUUUUUACUGAAUGCACGUUUGUAUUUCCAGAGAAACAUUACGAAUAUAGCCAUGCUAGUAGGGCUGUGCCAAGUGAGUGUUUCCUCUCCUAAACCCACACCCUUUACAGUUCCUGUGAGGACUGCUAGCUUUGUUUCAUUUCCUUAUUUAGUUAUCUAGUGAACUAAAUUCAAAUUGAGUUCACACUCAGGACCACCUGCCUUCAUUUUCCGGCUUUUACUUUUGGCCAUACCCCACGAAAGUUAGUAUUCCACAGGUGCUGCUCCAUUUUGCUGUUCUCCUCGUGUCAGCGAUUAUAAGUCGUCGUUUUAAAUGUAACCCCCACUUGUAGCCCAAAAGAUAAUAGGAGCAACUAAGUGUGUCCCUCCUUUCUUUUUGGUUUGUUUUCUGGAAAUACAGCACUGAAAUAGUUCAGGCCGAAUGUGUUUUUUGGGAAUUUUUUUCUGUUCCGCUUUGACUUUUACACCAAUACUUGAAAAUGGGUCAGUUCUGGUAAAAUAUUUAAAACUGUGAAAAUGCACACCACUGGGGAAACAAACCCUCAGAAAAAAAAUAUAUAUAAUAUAAAGAGGUCUUUUUCAUGCCUAAUAAAAUGUAGAAAUAUUA